UUUUCGUCAGUUGGAAACACCACGUGGGGCUCCGUUGUUGUCAUUCUGGGGACUUGGGCCUUUGUGUCCUGAUUGCGCAUCCUUUUGACUCUCCUGCUCUCUCUUAAUCUCUCUCCGUCUUCGCUGAGUUCCUCCUAUGUCACGCUGCGCGUCACCCCCCACCCUCCAUCCCUUUGUGUCGUCUGUCCCUUCCACUCCUCGCUUAGUUUCUCUUCCUCUCCACCCCGCUCUGAAUUCGCCACAUCUGCUCUUGUCAUGCGUGGUCUCCAAUUGCCUCUUGGAACUCAAUGUCUGCCGUAGGGUUCCCUGUUUAAAAUGUUGCCGAUGUAAAUCACGACACACUGUCGACGAGCGGCUCGCGUGUGCUGGGUUCUUGGAGAUCUUGUGGUGUCAGCUGCCUCUGUACCACGUGCUUUUUGUGGAUAUGGCAUUUAUUACCUUGUGAGUUUGGUGUGCUGCUAAGGAUCUUUACGACUCCUUCCGUUGCAGAGAUAUAACCCUCAGGAGGUCUCAAUGCAGUUAGUGAGAGAUCCUCAUGCCUAUUCUCAAAUAGGAGCACCAGUCCGAAACCGGAUGUAGUCCAAUUGCAUUGUCGCCCGCACCAUGUCUUGGGUUACAGGCUGGAAGAGGCAGGUGGAUACGUUCCACCUGACUCUUGGCUACGGUGACCAGGUCCAAUCUCCCAAUCUGGAGUUGCUCAAGAAUAGCCAGCAUUUGAAGUCCGACAUCGGCAGCGACCUCCUCUCGUCUUGCAGAUAUCGGGUUGAGCUCGAUUGGUCAGCUGGCGACGAUGAAGAUCAAGUGGUUCUGAAGCUGCAGUCCCUAAUUAUGAUAACACUGCCGGCUCCUCAAGACGACAUCCAUGUGUCGUUUACACUCACGCCACCAACAAAUGAGGAAUCGGGAAAUCACGUCGAAAAUGAAACCUUCAAGAAUGUACAAAUUAAAAUGGAAGUACAGAAGCGGGGGGAGCUUCUCCGCGUUGUGUCACUGUCGAGGACAGUGGGUUCAGGACCAUCAGGAGAUGGACUGAGUGUGCUGACAAGGUUGGUCGCACCAGGAUCAUCAGUUGACCACGUUCCAAGAGCGACUGUUUCUGAGGAACUUUUGGGCUGCAGUCGGAACUAUCGAUCCAUUACCAUUCUCAAUCUCUCAAAUUGCUUCCUUACUACCAUACCUUCAGACUUGAUGAAGCUGCCAUUGCUAGAAAAAUUAUACUUGGAUAACAAUAAACUCACACUAUUGCCUCCAGAAGUUGGACAGCUCACACGGUUGCAAGUGCUUCAAUGUGACCAUAAUGCACUUGUGUCUGUUCCAGCCGAGCUUCGGCAAUGUAUCGAGUUGGUGGAGCUUUCACUCGAAUACAACAAGCUAGUUCGCCCUUUAUUAGAUUUCAGGGCUAUGUCCAAGCUACGAGUAUUACGACUUUUUGGCAACCCUCUGGAGUUUUUACCAGAAAUAAUUCCUUGCGCAAACUUGCGUCAUCUGUCUCUUGCCAAUGUCCGCAUCGAGGGUGAUCAAGAUCUCUCUACCAUCAAAGUUGACAUUGAGGCUGAAGCAGCUUCGUAUUUUGUGGCAUCGAAACACAAAUUGAGUGUGUUUUUUGCUCUCAUAUUCCGGUUCUCAUCUUGCCAACAUCCGCUGCUAGCAUCUGCUUUGGCAAAGAUGGCGCAAGAUGAUAGCAAUCGGUCUGUCAUUGGCAAGGACGAGGGCGCUCUCCGUCAACUUCUUAGCAUGAUGCUUAGUGACGAUCCUCACGUGGUGGACCAAGCGUGCGUAGCGUUGGCAUCGCUUGCUGUAGAUGGAGCAGUGGGAGUCCGCUUGAUGCGGGCAGAUUUGGUGCAAGCUAUUGAGAUGGUGUUACGGAACACAAGCAAUGAAGACGAAUUGCUUAUAUCUGUUUUGCAGGUCCUGAUGAAUUUGGCCUUUACUUCUGAUGCUGUUGCAUCUCGCGUCCUCACAAAGGAGAUACUCAAGCGACUUAAAAUAUUGUGUGUUCAUAGAAGUCCCGAGGUGCAGCGACAUGCUCUUCUGACUGUAGGUAACCUAGCAUUUUGCUGGGAAAACCGACGUACCUUAGUUGCAUCUGAAAGUUUGAGAGACCUUCUAUUACGUCAAGCUUCUGGCACCAAUGCAAUAGUAUGUAAAGCUGCCGCUCGAGCAUUGGCCAUCCUUGGUGAAAAUGAGUACUUACGGCGAGCAGUGCGGGGCCGGCCCAUAUCCAAACGAGGGUUGCGGAUUUUAUCUAUGGACGGUGGGGGCAUGAGAGGAAUGGCCACUGUACAGAUGUUGAGGAAUAUUGAGAAGGGAACAGGUCGAAGAAUUCAUGAGAUUUUUGAUCUUAUCUGUGGCACAUCUACUGGUGGGAUGCUUGCUGUGGCUUUGGGUAUUAAGCGUAUGGACCUUGAUCAAUGCGAAAACAUUUACAAGUCGUUAGGUAAGUUGGUAUUUGCCGAGCCAAUUCCGAAAGAUAAUGAAGCAGCCACAUGGCGCGAAAAGAUUGACCAGGUCUACAAAAGCUCGUCACAGAAUUUCCGUGUCGUGGUUCAUGGCUCAAAGCACAAUGCGGAGCAAUUUGAGCAUUUGCUGAAAGAGAUGUGCGCAGAUGAGGAGGGGGAUUUACUAAUUGAAUCAGCAGUGAAGGGCGUUCCAAAAGUCUUUGUUGUUUCUGCUCUUGUUAGUGUGACUCCUGCUCAGCCGUUUGUGUUCCGCAAUUACCAGUAUCCUCCAGGAACUCCUGAAACAGCACCCUCGACAAACGAUGGGCCGGCAGCCUCAGUUUCUGGCACUCCGGCCACCGCCACCCCAUUAACCACUCAAGUAGGACCACGAAGAAGUGCCUUCAUAGGUAGCUGUAAGCAUCGAAUAUGGGAAGCUAUUCGUGCAUCAUCUGCAGCUCCCUAUUACCUCGAUGACUUCUCACAAGAGUCCAAUCGGUGGCAAGAUGGUGCAAUUGUUGCCAAUAAUCCAACCAUUAUUGCCUUACGUGAAGCGCAGCUUAUAUGGCCUGACACUCAAGUUGAUUGCCUCGUCUCUGUGGGCUGCGGUAAUGUGCCUACAAAGGCACGCGGCAAAGGAGGAUGGAGAUACCUGGACACUGGCCAGGUACUAAUUGAGAGUGCCUGCUCUGUUGAGAGGGCGGAAGAAGCUUUAGACACUCUUCUGCCCAUGCUUCCGAACCUUCAGUAUUUUCGCUUCAAUCCGAUUGACGAUAGGUGUGACAUGGAGCUUGAUGAGACGGAUGCUGCUGUGUGGUCAAAGUUGGAAACCGCCACUCAGGAAUAUGUGGAUGCAAAUGCUGCCGUAUUCCAGGCUGCGUGUAAUGUACUUUCACCACCACCGCAAGCAGACGGUCUCUGGCAUGACAAAGCUCGCUCUACACGAGGGGGUACCAGAGGCUCACAGCUUGGAAAAGGAGAUGAAUCGGUAGUCGCCGGCAUUGGAUGGAGACGACGAAUUCUUCUUGUUGAAGGGUGUCGCAGCCCGGAGCUUGUCAAGCCGUGGCGACACGCCCGGAUCGUGGAGGCUUUUUGUGCACGUCAUGGUCUCAAACUAGAGUUGUUCAGUUACGAAAACCCACCUCCACCGAUCACUUCUCUACGAACCUCGAAUUCACCAUUUGCAUCACCUUUACUUGGUUCGAGAAGUCCUGGGUUGUACAGUUCAGAACCUGGACUAGAAAGCUUCAAAAAUCAUGAUGGAAUUCCUCCUCUAAGUCUUGAUCCUCACUUAAUGAAAGGGAUUCACUCGCUUCCUUCGUCGCCACCUUUAGGGUCUCGGCAACUUGCCCCACCUGUCAUGGCUCUCCAAGAAAAGCUGCAUGGCUCAAAUCAAGUGGGUGUUGUUCAUCUUGCACUUCACAGUGAUCAAAAUGGCAUGAUUUUAAGUUGGCGGAGUGACCUUUUGGCGGUAGCAGAACCAGGAGAAAACGCAACAGAGUUUCUGCAGAAUGUAAUUAAUAGCCUGCGGCUAGGAUUAGCAGGGAAGACGCGGGCGCAGCUGCCGCCAAUCUCGAAUCUAGCCGGUCUUGUCGCUGGCUUCCCAAGAUUUAGCGUCGGUGGAACCCUGUAUAGUUUCAUGGGGCGUCAUACGCAGGUUUUGGCAGAUGGUCAAGAGGUGGGCGCCUACAUAUUCCGCAGAAUACUUGCUUCUGUUCACCUUACUCCUGAUGAUGUGCGCUGGAUGGUGGGUGGCUGGCGUGACCGCCUGGUCUUGUGCACUGGGAAGCAAGGGCCGCCAGAAACACUUGUCAAGGCUUUCUUGGAUGCAGGAGCAAAAGCAGUAGUUGUUCCUACAAUAAAGACGGAUAUGCAGGCUGCCGAAGGUGAUGUCCUGACACGAUCAGGGAGACCCAACACUCAGGAUGUGAAUGAUGCAGGUCGAUUUGUGAUUGCUGACGAUGAUGAUGAAGGGGAUUCAGAUGAAAGUAGUCCUGAGAGUGACUGGGAAGAUAGCGAUUUUGACAGGAAGGAGAAGCUAAUGGAACGGCAAGAGGCAGAAGAGAAGGAUCUGGCUGCUUUUGUCGGUGUUAUUUACGAUGCCCUCUUCCGUCAGGGCCUAGGGAUUGAGACUGCUCUUCAGCUCGCCAUGGAAGUUCAUCCCAAGCAGCACUACAAAUGCAUUAUGCCAACGACAUAGAAGAUGCUUCCACUUGCAAUGGUUGAACAUUCUCUUCUGGAUUUCUUUUGAUACAGCUACUAACGGACUAGUUUUUUUCUACGUGCAUCGAUUGAGUACCCUUGAGUGCAAGCAAGUUCAAUGUGGUUUGGUAGAUUCGACACAACCUGUUGCUAGUCCUUUUGAAUCGAGGGCAUUUAUACAGAAUAAUAAUGAGAAUAAAGAUGGUGUGGGGCGACUGAGCGAGUAUGUAUAUAUUCAGCGGACCAGAAGAUUAUUAGCACUAUUAGCACUGGUUAAUAAACUAUUUAUUUAUCCAUAAAUUCUAACUUUCAUUCUUAUCUGAUAUAAACGACUUGAUCUGA